AGGAAAUGGAGGCGCUCGUUGCGGAUGUCAUGCGCAAGAAGGCGACCGCGCUGGAGGAGGCGCGCACGAGUGAGGCGGCCAAGCGCGCGCGUGCGGACCUGGAGGAGAGCGCGGAGAAGCGGCGCCGUGUCACCGCCCAAAUGCAGCUGCCGCCCGUGUACCUCUCCAGCCAGCCGCUGCUGUCGCUCAGCGACCCCCUGGGCGACCUGGGGCUGCUGCCGCCGCUGCCGUCGCCGGCGGACGGCGGUGAUGAGGAGGGUCUGGGAGACGGCGAUGAGCAUGUGGAGCUGCCGCCGCCGCCCGCGCUGGCGCUGCCCGCCCCUCUAGUGCAGGCACUGCAGCAGCACCAACGCCCUCAGCAGCAGCAGCAGCAGCAGCAGCAGCAGCAGCAGCCCUCCAUGCCGCCGCCGCGCGCGGCGGCGGCGGCUCCCACUCCACCGCAGGGCCUGGCGGCGGCGGCGGUCGCGACGGGCCUGGCGGCGGCGCAGGGGCGCGUGCGGCAGGUUGUGUCGCGCAUCGACGCGGGGCUGGGGCUUGGUGCUAGCGGUUCGGGUGAGGGGGGCAAGCAGGGCGUUGAGCCGCGCGUGGGGUCUGAGCCGCCCGCUGGCGGCGCUGGCAGCAACGCUGAGCCCAUGAGCAUGUCGCAGUAGCACACUGCUUGCAAUUGUAACGGAAAUGCCGCCGCCGAGUUCCCCUGUGCCCCGCCCGCGCGUGCACACCAGCGACUGUCAUGCACACCAGCGAGUCCCGCUCGCGCUGCAGCCCAACUGUCAACCGUGUGAAACCGUGUGCGCCCAGAGGCAACCAUAAUUAUGUGCCUCUGGUGUGUGCGCUGUGGGUGUGGGGCGUCGACGUGGGCGUCGCCGGACUACGUGCCCGGUGUACCUGCGUUGACGCCUCGCCGGUUUGAUUGCGCCUCGUGCGCUAGUGCGGUUUGCUGUACGUUGGUGGGGCUCUGGCGGGCUUUGGCUUAGCUUCGACUCGCUGUGCAGUUGCCGAGACACGCUUUACGCGGAGACCUGUUGCACGGUUGUGGAAGGUAGGUCGGUAGCCAACUGGGGGGAGGGUGGUUUCCUUUCGGGCCGGAGAUGGUCCCUCUUGACCUGGGUGCUGGGCACCCUUGCUUGGUCGGAUUGUCCCUUCUUUGUAAUAUCGCAACCUU